AUGAAUAGAAUCUUAUUAUUUGUAGCCAUUGCAUUAUUGGCUUGUUUCGCUUUGUCGAUCAAUGCACAAGACAUUGAUAGUACUUCUGACAAGUCUGCUGCUGUCAACAUUGACAGUACCUCUGACAAGGUCCAAGCCGCCGCUGCUGCCGAUAUUGUAGUCGUCCAACAAGGAGAACCAGCCAAGAAGGUUCGUUUCACCGCCAUUGACUCUUCCGCCACCUCGUCGGAUGGUAGACAUGAUGGAAGACACUCUGCAUCAACUGGAAGUUUCAGUGGAACAGGAUGUCCAAACGCUGCACCAAAGGGAAAGAAGGUCAAAUUCACUGCUACUGAUACAGACACCUCUGGAACCAGUGGAAGUGCUAGUGGAUGCAACUAUGGUGGUGGUGAGGAACAACUCGACGGUCACAACGACGGCAAGCAUGACGGCAAGACAUCAACCACCGAUGGUAAGACCAGUUUCAGUGCCUCUGGAUCAUCUGGCAAGUACAGUGGAAGUGGAAGUGGAAGCGGAAGUGGAAGUGGAAGUGGAAGUGGAAGUGGAAGUGGAAGUGGAAGUGGAAUUGUCUCAACCAGUCACGACACUACGGCCGACUCUUCAUCGACCACUGCCAGCCCAACUGGUACCGGUUCCGGAAACAACGACAAGGUAUCUACCUUGGGUGAUUGGGCCGGUCGUCACAAGAAGAAUAACACCACCCCACGUGGUUUGACCACCGGUGGUACCGAAGAGUCUGCCCCAAACACCAACUUUAUCCAAGAUCUCGAUGACUAUUACAUUCACAGUUCGUCGACCCAAGUCGUCGCUUCAUUGGUUGUUAUUUCAACCUUUUUAAUUGCUGUCUUGAUUUAA